AUGCGUGGUUCAGAAUUCAGAGAAGCAGUGAUUCUGAAGUUCGGCAAGCAUUUGCAGAAACGGCAACUCGACAUACCGGAAUACGCUGCAAGCUUUGUCAACUAUAAAGCUCUCAAGAAGCUCAUCAAGCAGCUGAGCGCUACGCCAACCCUCCUACCCCGAAAUGCUACCAACACAAUCCCCGAGAACCUUGACCCUCAGGCUUUGCUGCAGGCAAAUAAAGCAACUUUCUUCUUCAGACUGGAACGAGAGCUUGAGAAAGUCAAUGCAUUCUAUCUUCAAAAAGAGGCUGAGCUUAAGCUCCGCCUCCAGACUCUCCUGGACAAGAAGAGAGUCAUGCAAGCAAGAAGUGCGACCGCCUCCAAGAUAUCUGCAAGCUUUAUCACCCUCGAAGAAGGCUUCCAACAGUUUGGAAACGAUCUAAACAAAUUACAGCAAUUUAUUGAGCUCAACGCUACUGCCUUCUCUAAAAUACUCAAGAAAUGGGACAAAACCUCCAAGUCACGGACAAAAGAACUAUACCUAUCACGUGCUGUUGAAGUCCAGCCCUGCUUCAAUCGAGAUGUGAUCAGCGACCUUUCGGACCAAGCUACAACCAGUCUGCUUGAGCUCGGCGCUUGGGCCGAGGGCGAGAAAGUCCAAUACGAUUCUAGCAGACCGGCCGAGCAUACAGUGACUGGCCAGUCGAUCGGAACCGACAACAGUGACACAGAUUCCCAGAUACUUCAAACUGCAAACACCGGAAAUCGGAGCGGCCUCCAGGAUUGGAUUUCGCGGCUGAAAGAGUCACCGGAUGCUAGGGAAAGAUUUACACGGACUUUUCUAGCUGCUACCCCCGAAGCUCCUGAGGAGUCGCUGAAUAUACUCCUCGAGAGUGGUUUGGUGGAUGUUCAUGCCGAAGACGAGAUAAAUGAGAGGAACUGCCUGCACGAAGCCGCAAUAUCCGGUCGAGAUCUUGUCAUGAAUAUUGCUCUACGCAGUAAGGUUGAUGUCGCACGUGUCGAUGUCUAUGGGAGAACACCUCUCCACUAUGCCUGCAUGUACGGUCAUGUCGCCAUGGCUGGAGCUUUAAUGGAGAGUGGGCCGAACACCAUCGACUAUCUAGACCACGACAAUUUCACACCGUUGAUCCACGCCAUCGUUCACCACCAAUUUGCUUGUGCUCAAAAGCUCCUCGCUUACGGUGCCCGGAUUGAUCCAGAAAGCGAGUCGGAUCAUGUUCCUCUGAAUCUGGCUUGUCAGUAUGGAUCAGUGGCGAUCGCGAAUUUACUGCUUGAGGAGCAGGCAAAGUUACUCCCAGAUGCCGAAGGUCUCUUCCCGCAGCAUCUUGUUGCCCGAUCAGGUCAGAGUCCAGAUACGCUUCUAAUGUUGGAGCGUUAUGGCGCAGAUUUAGACCAGCGCGACAAGCUGUACCAAUGGACCCCCUUAUUUCAUGCGGCCUCCGAAGGUCGCGUAGAUUGCAUCCGAACCUUGCUGGAGCGAGGUGUUGAUGUUCAGAUAUUGGAUGAGAAGGGGUUUUCCGCCAUGUACUACGCAACUUGGGAAGGUCAUCUUCAAUGCAUGAAGCUUUUAAGUUCAACAGAUGCUGGGAUUUUGGACGUACCUCGAUUAACCACGGAACAUUCUCUUAUCUCCCCAGUACCAGCGAGCUCGGCCCCUGUGCCACUGGACGCAGAUGGUAUCCCGGAUCUAUCUCUCCCGCCACCCAUCAUUCCACUCCGUCGGUACGGUCACAACUUCUUGGACAAUAAGACUUUCAUCCAACUAAGCUUUGAAGCAGUAGGAUCUGAUGCUAUAGUGUUCUACCAUGACAGCAAAUACCCGGCGGCUCGUCUUACAAUCUCUUCCAAAUCUUCCGAUGUGAUACCUCGGAACAUCAUGCUCCCGAUACAAGAAGAUUUCAAGAUCAUUUCUUUUCAAAUCGACAAUCUGGAUUCUUUUGCAAUUGAUUUCGACAUCUUCCCUACAUUCGGAUCCAAAGUCAUAGCCAAAAGCGUGGCUCUGCCCAGCCUUUUCAGUGCCAUCGCCAGCAGCUCCGGUCUCUGCUGUCUACCAUUAUUCGAUCCCCGACUGCGGGCGAUUGGCCAGAUUAGCUUCAAUUUCCAGGUUAUCAAACCGUUCCACGGCAUACCGCUAGAUAUCACCCAUUUUGCUACUUACUGGAGAGCAACAAGUCAGCUUGAUACCCACCCAAAUGCGUUCAUCACGGGUUCCAGUUUGUCUGGAGAUUAUGUGCAGCUUUUUGUGCAGCUGACCAGCGAUGGCGUACCUGUGCUUUAUCCUAGAUGGUCGAUCAAUCACUAUGGAAUGGAGUUUCCUAUUGCGAGAAUGAGCCAUGAGCAAUACCUGUCCCUCGGAUCCCAACAUGGUAGCCGCGACGAGAUAUUAACGACGCUGCCACAGAAGACAGUUGAAGAUAUUGCGACCAUUUAUGUGACACUCGCUACGUCCUUUGUCACUUUACGAGAUGUCCUCGCCUACCUCCCGACCAGCAUACACGUCGAUAUCCAAGUUCUCUUUCCAACCAUUGUGCAGGAGCGAGCUCUAGGCCUUAGCCCUAGCCCGAACAUCAACAACUACGCAGACGCUAUCUUGAAAGAUGUCUUCGAUCAUGCUCGGUCGACAAAGGAGCAGAAUGCUGAUUUUAUGAGGUCCAUCGUCUUUACGUCCUACAAUGCGGAUAUCUGUACUGCUCUCAAUUGGAAGCAACCUAAUUAUCCAGUCUUGCUAUGCAAUGAUCUGGGGGCGAAGCGAGAAGCUGCAAGGCCUGGUGCCAUUGGCCAAGGCGCUGUAGUUCCAAGCAGCGGACAUCACUCAAUGUCUGUCAAGGAAGCGGUGCGAAUUGCACAAAGCAACAACUUCAUGGGACUAGUCUGCAGCGCGCGCUUGUUGAAUGAGGUACCUCCCUUGAUUGAAUCAGUAAAAGUCGCUGGGCUUGUACUCGUUACAGAUACCUCGGAAGAGACUUCGCCAAAUGGCUCUGCAGUACGUUCGUAUCGGAUGCCCGAGGGCGUGGAUGGCAUGCUCAAGGGUAAUGGUAUUCUGAGGUUCAAUGAAAUGAUUGACAUGUAA